AUGAGCUCUGAAGGCGGUGGCACCGCCAUCACAGGCAAGAAGCGGAACAGGGCCCAAAUUCAGACACUAGUCAGGGAAGGCUCUCUCUAUAACCUCACCCUCAGUGAGGUUGAAAGCCACCUCGGUGCGCCACUUCUUAGUAUGAACCUUGAUGACUUUGUGAGGAGUGUUCUUCCAGAUGAGAAGAACCUUCCAUUACCAAAUGGCGCUGGGAAUUCAGGCAGUCAAAGCACGUCAGCUUUUGGUUUGGAACGUCAGGGCAGCAGCAUUACUGUACCCCUGCCAUUGAGCAAGAAGACAGUGGAUGAAAUUUGGAGAGACAUCCAGCAGGAAGAGGAGAGUAGUGAUGAUGAGAAAAGGAGUUCAGGUUGUGAGGCACAGAUGUCGUUUGGGGAGAUAACACUUGAGGAGUUCUUGCAAAGGGCUGGCAUUGUUACUGGGCAGUAUCAGAAGGAUGCUGAGGAGUUAAUUGAUCUUGUAGGAACUGGAGAAAGUGCUCAUAUGAUGACCAGAGUGCAGGAUUUCCCACAGGGAACAAGUGCAAUUGAUGCGUAUAUUGUACGUCAGUCGAUUGCGCAACCGCUGAGUGUUGCAAUCCCUUCGACAAUGGAUUCCAUCUACCCAGAUCGUCAAAUGAGUAUUUCGUCAUCUCUAGAACUUUCUGAUCUUCAAAGUCCUAGUCGUAAGAGAAUGUCUUCCCAGGAUGUGGUAUACAAGGUUGCUGAUCGGAGGCAGAAGAGGAUGAUCAAGAACCGAGAAUCGGCUGCACGUUCAAGAGCUAGGAAACAGCUAUACAAACGAGCUCGAAUGCAAAUUGUCUUGUCUGGAAGAGGAGAACAAAAGGCUGAAGAGAGAGAAGGAGUUGGACAUGUUAUUGAAGUCGGCGCCCCCUCCGGAACCGAAAAAGCAUCUUCGGAGAACGCGAUCGACCUCAUUCUAAUUGUGUGUAGAGUACAGGCUUCUGUAGAUUUUGAUCACUCUUUUGCUUUCUCCUCGCAUGUAACUAUGGAGUGUGUGCAGCUUGCUUUGCUUGUAAUUUGUAAAGGCCUGGGACACCCGACAAUCUUGUGA